AUGAGUAGAAGGCAAAAUGCUAAUGAUGAAAAUUUGAGUUGGAUUCUGAAAUAUCCAAACGAAUUUUCACAUGAGGAUUUCGAAUCUCAACAUAUGCACAUUCUUAAGUAAGAACAAUUUGGGUAAUUGAAAGAAUCAGAUGAAAUUUUGAACGGAUAACUCUAUACAUUUUGGAAUGGAACAUUGGAAUACAGUAAAUUUAUAUUGAUGCCAAAUUUAUUGAUCAAGGUAACCAUUUAAAAUGGUUUGUUAUAAAUACCACAAUCUCAAUUUAAUCAAAAUGGAGCUACCUAUUAUUUAUCCUUAUCAGAGUGCACAAUAACUUAGAAAAUGAUUUAACACAGAUCACAACAAGCCUUCGGUAUGCUCUUAACCAAUUCAAUUGGCACAACUUACUUGUUCUUUUCAAAUUUCGUAACAUUCAGAACCUGGUAUAAAUAGAUGAAGCAAUUUUGCAAACUCACAGGUUUCCUGGAUAAAUACAAAUUGGGAGACAAGGUACUUCCUGGAUUUUACACAUGCACUAAGAAAAAGAAGAAAACACAAUAUACUGUCCAGAUCUAUAAGAGUGACGACUUCGAACAAUGUCAGGAAUUGGAAGAUGCAGUCUAUAAUGAAAUACAGAUAUUGAGAAGCAUUAAGCAUCAAUCCCUACUGGAACUAAAAAGAGUUUACUAAAAUAAUAAAUAUCUUUUCAUUGUCUAUGAGUAUUAUAAAGGCGAUACUCUCUUCAACCUAUUGAAUUCUAAUCUCUAAUUGCAUGAAGUACAAAUUGCAUCUAUCAUCUAUCAAAUACUCCAAGUUGUCAAAUUUCUUAAUCAGCACCAAUUCUACCAUGGAAGCAUCAAUCCUUAGAAUGUUCUGAUCAACUCACAACAUCAAAUGCUGUAAAUCACACUCAUUAAUCUCUCAUUCAAAGAGUACAAGGUCAAUGACAAAUUAGACUGGAUUCUGAAUAGAGCAGUCGAGUCUUUCUUGGCUCCUGAGAUCUUUGAAGGCAUUGCCCCCAACAUUUCCACGGAUAUCUAUGCAUUAGGAUGUGUACUAUACUUCAUGACCUAUUAUGAUUCUAAGAAAUAUGAAUUUUAGAUUAAAAAUGAAGAUAAAGACUUCUAUAAUGUUAUGGACAACUUCGAAAUUCAAAACACUCGUAUAGACGAAAGUGAACAACAAUUGAAAAUUGGGUUCCAAUAGAACCAAUCCAAGAGUAAGGUUAGUUCUUCCCAAUUGGAUCUUCUAAGGAAAAUGCUGCAAACUGAUGCAAGUAAAAGAUUGACAAUAAAAGAAGCUACUAAACAUCAUUGGUUUGUAAAUGUGAAAAGUAAAAUCAAAUCCUUGAAAGUGGAAAGGAAAAGAAAAAAGCCACUUCCAAGUUUAAGAACUAUUAUUGAGUUACGAGAAAUGAGUGAAAUGGAUGUUAGAAUGACCAUUAUUCAACAAUAACAAAGUGGAUUGAAUGCCUUACAUAGUAUGAAUUCUAAAUUAUAAUCAACUCCUUCCAAUACUAAACGUACAUUAAUUUACACUUAACAACCAUCAAAACUAAGUUAAUUUGUGGCCAAGAAUGAAUUCGAUGAUGAUUAUGAAAUCCCUGAUGAAGAACUUUAUUUGGAAGUCCCUGUUAUUAAUCGUAAAAGAGAACCUAAAAAGAGACCGUCCAAUAUCAUUCUGCUCUGA